AACGUCGGAUCGAGUCGGUAGUAUUUUCUUUUGCUGAAUUUUUGUUUUUGAUUUAUAAUUAUUAGUAUAGUCACUAUACUAUAGUGUAUUAGUGUAAAUAUAUAAAGUUUGAGUGUAUAGUCACUACACUAUAGUGUAUUUAGUGAAAUAUAUAAGUUUGAGUGUUUAGUUAGAGUCCAGACAAAGAUAGACUUUUAUAAAGAAAUGGAUGCACUCCAAAAUUUAUUUCCGCCGCAAAUGUAUGACGUUUUGGAAAGAAGUGGUAUCUGCACACUGAAAGAAAUUAUUACGCUUUCAUUUUGGGAUAUUAAAAAGCUAACCAAUAUGACAAAUGAUGAUAUUUCGUUGCUGAAAAAUAUAGUAGCUACUCAUGGAUGCCCAACUAUAUUUACUGGUGACCAAUUGAUAGAGGAGCCUAAGCUUUCAACUGGCUGUCGCGUAAUCGAUGGCUUGCUCAACGGUGGUCUACAAAGAGGAACUAUAACUGAAAUAUAUGGAGAGAGUGGAACAGGCAAGACUCAGUUGGCUUUACAAAUGAUCGCACAUAUAGCGGACGGAGCUAUAUAUAUUUGUACUGAAAAUAAAUUUCCAAUUAAAAGGUUUGAGCAGAUAGGCAAAAAUAUUACUGGAAGAGAAGAUCUAAAUAUAUGCCACGGAAACAAUGUACAUAUCGAACAAAUAACAGAAUCAUCCGAUCUAAUGGCAUGUGUGAAAGUCAGAAUGAUAAAACUAUUGGAAAAGAAAAGAGUGUCAUUGAUAAUUAUUGAUUCAAUAGCUGCACCUUUUAGAGUUGAAAAUACAGAUUACGUCCAAAGGGCAGAAGAUAUUAGGGAUUUAGCUGUAUCUCUUCAAAAAGCCGCUCAAAGGUAUAACUUAGCGGUUGUUUGUAUAAAUCAAGUAACUUCUUCAUUUACAGAAUUCGAAGAUGUCCUUCCAUCACUAGGAUUGACUUGGUCUAACAUGAUUUCAUAUAGAUUGUUUGUAAGGCGAACAAAAAUUAUUAAAAAAUAUAAUGACGGUGACUACUGCGUGCGUGAUAUAACUGUGAUAUUCGCUCCUGACAUUGCAAAUAAAAGUUGUCAAUUUAUUGUAACAACAAAAGGUAUAGAAGAACCUUAAUUUUA